UUGUCACCUGCUAUAAAAGCUCGCCUGGUCGGUCUUCUUCAUAACUAUCACUGAAACAAUGGCUACUGUAUGGGUCUUGGUUGUGCUGGUUCAUGCUGUCUUCAUGGACAAAGCCCUUUGUUUUCCAGGUGCGGUUAAACAAGAUGUUUCACUUGAGAGAGUUGCUGAACUUCUUGAUUCUUUGGAUAAUGUGUUGAAGCUACAUACUCCAGCCCAACCUGCAAGCAAAGGGGUCUUUAGAGACAAAGCAAGCCACAAUGUGAGAAACAACCAGACGAGCAGCAAGGGCCACCAGAACGACUCUGUCAGCCAUGACCAGCAGAGCAACAACAUGAGCAAGGGUCGGCAUAUUGAGUUAUUUCAAGUCCAGGAGAGCAUCAACCAGAACAACACGAUGAGCCACAACCCCCAGAGUGAGUCCUUUCAACAAGUCCAGGAGAAUGUGGACCAGAACAACACUGUGAGCCACAACCCCCAGAGUGAGGCCUUUCAACAAGUCCAGCAGAGCGUCAACCAGAACAACACGGGUAGCCACAACCCCCAGAGUGAGUCCUUUCAACAAGUCAACCAGAACAACACUAUGAGCCACAACCCCCAGAGUGAGUCCUUUCAACAAGUCAACCAGAACAACACUAUGAGCCACAACCCCCAGAGUGAGUCCUUUCAACAAGUCCAGCAGAGCGUCAACCAGAACAACACUGUGAGCCACAACCCCCAGAGGGAGUCCGUUCAAGUCCAGCAGAGCGUCAACCAGAACAACACGGUGAGCCACAACCCUCAGAGUGAGGCCUUUCAACAAGUACAGCAGAGCAUCAACCAGAACAACACGAUGAGCUACAACCCCGAGAGAGUCCUUUCAACAAGUCCACCAGAGUGUUAAACAGGAUGGAUGAUGACUCUACAGAUGAGGGGUUGAUUGUGAAUGUUUCAUUUGUCAUGGAAGAGCUGUUUUCUGUAACUCAUGUCUGAUUGAAUUAAAAUCCUUCUUUUUGAAAACA